UCCAAGAACUCAAGAUGGAAAGUACUUAAACUAUACCUCUUUGAUCCAAGGCUCCCACAUCUCGGGAGUCAACUGUCCACCCCCAUGAAUCGAAUAUUUGAAUGCAGUGAGCUACGUGCUCAACUUUUUACACAACGUACUCUGUGAUGAAUUUGGUUAUAUUAGAUAUUAGAGCUCUCAGUACAUUUGGUGCAGUGUCCAAGGAGCUCCAACAAAACCCAAUACCUUAGCAUGUUCCUCGACAUCUUGUCUCAGAAUCUUGAGAGAGUCUCCAACGAACUGAAGUUUCUGAAGAUCAAUAGGAUGAAAUCUCUUUAAACAUUCUUCAGGUCUGAUGAGAUACUGGAUCACAGGGCCUUUAACUUCUUCGUUGUCAAACAGGAAACCGAAGGCAGGUAUAUGAGUGAGGAUGCCAGAGAAUACAAAUGACAUCGUCUGGUAUGAACGGAAGCCAAGGCUGCAAAGAGAUUACCACGAUAAGAUCAGUGUUGUCUCUGAAGGAAGGGUGUUUCUGAGCGAGCUUCUGGUAAACAACCGCAUACUUUCCUGCUUCCCCUUUAGCAGUGCUAAGCAACAGCUGAUCUGUUAAUAAUGUAAGAAAGGUUUCUAUUAACUGAGGGUACAGAUUCAUUGAUCUCUUUAUGAUCAUUAGCAUAAUGACUUAAAAGCUGGAAACUUUGUCAUCAAUUUCACAUUCCAAACAGAGAAAGAAGCACAUUUCAAAAGUUUUGAAAAAAUAAGAGAAGCAAACAUCUUUAGAGAAAUUGGACUGCAAGAGAUACAUACCAGAAGAGAAGGAAGAACAAUCUACGAUGAACUUCCAACUCCAAGCAGCGUUACUGAAUCUUCUUGGGUGACAAAUUAAUCCACGUUUAUGGGACUGGAUCGAAACCCUUGACCCGAUGAGUAACAUGUCGACGACUGCAAGCACUAUAUACUAGAAAGAGAAGUCUCUGAUUAGAUUUGCAAUAAAAAUAUAACUUAAAUCGUUGUAGGUAACUGUUCUCAUACCUGUUCACAAUCAUAAGCAGCAGCUCCAGCCCAAUUAAACUUCCCAUGUAGUUGUGUUUCUUGCUUUCAUAAGAUGUACUAAGCAGAAAUGGAGCUCUAGUACAGCUAAAGCCAGUGAGAAAAAAAUUGAGCCAUUGCAGCCUCCCGGUGGAUUUUUCGGAAAUGGUCGCUAUUGCUUGAUGUGCUUCUAGGGUUUGCGUGGUUUCUGAUUUAGCAGAGAAAUCAAUAUGAGUUUAUAUAAGCUAAGAAACGAAGGAAGUCAAAACGCUUCCAUGUCUUCGAUUGAAAGAAUAAAUAAGGGGAUUUAAUGAGAAUUAGCUGUUGGAUGCUAGUGUUAUUGUGGAAGAAUGCUUGGGUUUGUUUCUUUCACGAAAACGCUAAAUUGAAGUGGAUGGUGACGUGGCUAAAGCUAAUGUACUCAUUGGCUGGAAUUAACAAUCCUACGUGGACACCCCUUAUAUGUUGAGCAUAUUUGGCUUUUAUUACGGUAAGAUUGAUUAAAAGCUCAGUUACGAGUUCAGUCGAAUUUUAAAUAGUCUGGAAUAUAAAACAGUGACCUCUCGUAGAUAACAUGGGCUUCGAUAUCUUCAUCUAAAAUGGGCUUGGUGUUUUCUAGCCCAAAUAUUGCGAGCUAGAGAGACCAGCAUGAAUUUUUCUAAUACUUGGUGGCUUUUUUCGUCGUACCGUGUGUAUUAAUUAGUCAACUAUUUAUCAGUCAAACUAAAAAUUAUUUGCAUGCCAUAACUUUUGUAUUAAGCUGCAACAUAAUAAAAACACUAAACAUUUAAAGGUGAUUUCUAUUAUAUAAGAAAAACAGAGAAUAAUAAUUAGUUUGCUAAAUAAUUGUUAGAGCAUAUAAACACUUAUGGUAAGUGGAUAACUCCUUUUGAAUAGAACUCUACACGUACUUACGUAUUCCUCAGUCUCUGCAGCUAUAUAUACCUCUAAAUGAUACAAAACAACAUAUUCAAACAAACACUUCUCGCAGAAAAAAAACAUUAGAAAUCUCUAGCUUCCUUUUCUCCUUGUUUCUUUUUCAUCGUCAUGAUGUAUUCACUUCUCAAUGAAACAAGAAACUGUCAAGUGUGCAAGAAAUCAUUUCCAAAUGGGAGAGCUUUAGGAGGUCACAUGAGGUCUCACAGUCGGAAAAUUUCGGCAUCAAACGCAAAAUCAGCAACUGGCUCGACCGUCCCAACAUUGAAGACACCCACCAAACUCGCAGCAAAUAUCAGACCUAAUGAAACAGUUUUGAUGAGAUCUGUCCACACAAGUGAAGUUGGUCGGGAACCAGAUCUAAAGAGAGAAGAAGGUGGACAACAAAUAAAAGGCAAGAGAAAGUUCGUCGUGGAUGUAGAUGAGUGUCCGAGUUCUUUAACAGCGGUUGAAGAAGGUGCUUUGUGUCUUGUAGCAAUGUCUAAGGGACAGAGACCAGCAAAUUCUCAGAAUUGGAAUGCUAUUGACCGCUUGUUAGCAACUCCAAAUGAAAAAGAAGAAUAUACUCGAAAGUCCAUCGAUAUAGAUUCUGCUGAUGAUGACAAAGAAGACAAAGAUAAGUAUGUUGCUUCAAAUGUGAGAGUCUUAACAGAAGAUAUCGAUGAAAAUGAAGAUGAGGAUGAUGACGAUGAAACAUAUUUAGUUGAGAAGGAGAAUCAGUGUAAGAAAAAAUUUACGUGUGAUAUAUGUGGAAAAGUUUUGCAUUCGUAUCAGGCAUUAGGUGGUCAUCGAACGAGUCACAAGACCAAACGAUUGAAGAUUUGUGACAAGAAUGGUCAAGCCAUGGUUCGACAUUACAAAUGUGAAAUAUGUGGCAGAGUGUUUGAAUCCGGUCAAGCACUUGGUGGUCACAAGAAGGUUCAUUAUGUGUUUCUAUAACCAAGUAACUAGGUUCGGUUAUGUUUGGUUAGUGACUUCAGCUGAGUAGCAUAGAAUAAAGGGUGGCAUUUGGGUGAUUAAUAGAUUUGGAUGAAAGAUAAUCAAAAUGUGUUCUCUAUUUUUAUGUUGUUGUCCCUUUUAGUUUAUUAACAAAACUCUGGUUUAAGUUUAAGUUUUCUUUUCUGUUUUCUCAGUUGUUGUAUCCCUUUGGUUUAUUUAUCAUAUAUUAACAAAAGUUUGGUUCAAAGUUAUGUUUUAUUCC